AUACUCUGUCUCACAUUCCAACUCAACUUCUUCCUCCGCCUCCUCCAACAUUCAACCCAAUAUGGUUGAGACCCAUCAUCAGAAUUCCCAAGAUCACCAUUACCCACUUUGAUAUUUCCCAAUUGGGUUUGUGCCUCUCUUCUUCGCAUCAGAAAAUCCCAGACAUGAUUCUCUUCCACCCAUUGUUUCUUCUAGUUUUGGCAGUGUGUAUAUUCGUAGCGAUUCGUGUGCUUUUGUAUAGAACCGGGUUGGUUUUCAUUGUCAAGAAAUGCUGGCGGGCGGUGGAGGACUGCUUCCAUGUCUACCAGUCGUUCAAGGUCCCUGAAUUCAACGAGAGUAUGCAGGAGAAUCACCUCUACAGCAAAGUCUCCGACUAUCUCAACUCGCUGACUUCAAUUGAAGACUCGGAUAAUACCAAUCUCGUCACCGGAAAAAAGCCCAAUGAGAUUGUACUCCAGUUGGACCCUAACCAGACCAUCGAGGACGACUUCUUAAGGGCCAAGGUGACGUGGCGGAGCGAGGGGAGUAAUGGAUGCCGGAAUUUGGUGCUGAGAGUUCGGAGGGCGGAUAAGCGGAGGAUUCUACGGCCUUAUUUGCAGCACAUCCACGUCGUCGCGGAUGAGCUGGAGCAGCGCAAGCGUGAUUUACGGCUUUAUAUGAACGUGGACGGCUCCAAAGCGAGGUGGAGGCGCGUGCCGUUCACGCACCCGUCGACGCUGGAGACGAUUUCGAUGGAGGCCGAUCUGAAGUCGAAGAUAAGGUCCGAUUUGGAGUCGUUUCUGAAAGCGAAGCAGUACUACAACCGGCUCGGCCGCGUCUGGAAGAGGAGCUUCCUCCUCUACGGGCCCUCCGGCACCGGAAAGUCCAGCUUCGUCGCCGCCAUGGCCAAUUUCCUAAGCUACGACGUCUACGAUCUCGACCUCUCCAAAGUCAAAGACGACUCCGAGUUGAAGAUGCUUCUCCUCCAGACCACGACCAAGUCCGUCAUCCUCAUCGAGGACCUGGACCGGUUCUUCGCCGAGAAAUCGACGGCGGUGAGCUUCUCCGGCGUGUCGAACUUCAUGGACGGCUUGCUAAACUCGUGCUGCGCCGAGGAGAGAGUCAUGGUUUUCACGAUGAAUUCCAAAGACCAGGUCGACCCGAAUUUCUUGCGGCCGGGUCGGAUCGACGUCCACAUUCACUUUCCGUUAUGUGACUUCACGGCGUUUCGGAACUUGGCGACGAGCUAUUUAGGGGUGAAGGAGCACAAACUGUUUCCUCAGGUGGAGGAGAUUUUCCAAUCCGGGUCGAGUUUGAGUCCGGCGGAGAUCGGCGAGCUAAUGAUCGCUAACCGCAACUCGCCGAGCCGCGCGAUUAAGUCGGUCAUCACGGCGUUGCAAACCGACGGCGAUGGGAGGGGAGUGGGGAAGAUCGGACGGCCGCCGAGGGGAUUUGAAACCGGGUCGAGAAAGUCCGGGGACGAGUCGGGUGAACCCGGAGUUAUGUUUGGGGAUGGUGUGAAUAAGGUUAGGGACUUUAGGAAGCUUUACGGGUUCUUGAGGAUGAGAAGCAGCAAUAAUUCUCAGUCGUUGGAUGCGGAUUCGGAGCGGUCAGCUGGCUAAAGGGUUUGAUCUGACGGCUGGGAAUUUGAAAUCUUUGGUGGGGCCAUGUCAGGUAGAAAUGAUCAAGGUUGACGUGGUAGAUGCGCAGUGGAAGUGGCAUGGGCUAUGGUGGGGUGGAGGAACACAUAGAAUCAAGUAUAGGUUUAGAAAUGCAAAAAAUACAAGCAUUUUUAUAAUUAAUUUUAAUACAAGCAAAAACCAAAACCCAUUUUGGGGGGGGGGGGGGGGGGGG